GUUAAAAAAAAUCAAACAUCAUGAAGUGCCUAAUUCUUGCAUUUACCAUCUUAGCUGUCGUAUACGCAGCCCCUACCAACGAACAAAGGGAAGCAGUUAAAAAGGCCCACGAACAUUGCCAAAGCCAAGAGGCAACUAGAAUUGACAGUGAUGUAUUUGACAAACUUAGGAGGGGCGAAAAGGUACACAACACACAAUUGUCAAAGCAUACUCUGUGCAUGAACGUACAAGCUGGGCUUCAAACGGAAAGUGGCGACAUAAAUGUAGACAAACUGAGGAAGGCUAUAACUGAAGCUACUAGCGACCCAAAUCUCGUAAAUACAAUCGUAGAAAAAUGCGGCAAACGCGUAGCAGGUGAAACUGCUGAAGAAACUGCUGUUGCUCUUUUCAAAUGCCUUCAUUCUCAAGGUCCACCACACGGUCACGGACAUCAUUAAAUAGUAUUUAGUUAAAUAAAUUUUUCUUCAUUUUCUAAUUUUUUUAAUCCGUGAAGCUGUUAAAAGUUAGUUAGUUAAAAGAAGUAGUUAAAAAGGUUUAAGCUAAUACACUGCUUUAUAUUCAAAAAUCUCUUUGACCAUUUUAUUUGGCAAUUAAAUUUUACGUAAAAUGUGAAAACUCCGAGUAGUUGAUUGUACACGCUAGUUAAAAAACGUUUGCAGUUUUUCUUUUACUUUUGAAUGGAACUUGUAAUGGAAUUGGUACAUUUGUU